UUACUACGUCAUUUCCGGGCAGUGUGUGGCUAAGAAGACCGGAAGUAGUUGCGAGUUUGAAGGAAUUCUGAAUUGUGUGAAGUUUGUCGGUGUCUGAGGGCGGUAACAGCGGUAACAGCGGUAACAGCGGUAACGAUGGGGAAGCGGCAGCACCAGAAGGAUAAGAUGUACAUCACCUGUGCAGAGUACACACACUUCUAUGGAGGAAAGAAACCAGAUAUUCCAAAGUCAAACUUCAGACGGUUACCAUUUGAUCACUGCAGCUUGUCCUUACAGCCCUUUGAAUAUCCUGUUUGCACUCCUGAUGGUAUAGUGUUUGAUCUACUGAAUAUGGUUCCAGUAGGUAAGUCAUCAGGCACCAACCCUGCAGGGACAAAACUUGAGGCCAAAUCUCUUAUUAAGCUGAACUUUGCCAAGAAUCAGGAUGGGAAGUAUCAUUGUCCUGUACUAUUCUCUGUAUUCACCAACAACUCCCACAUUGUGGCUAUUAGCACGACUGGAAAUGUCUUCUCAAACGAGGCUGUUGAACAAUUAAACAUUAAACCAAAGAGCUACAAAGACCUGCUAACUGAUGAACCGUUCACCCGCCAGGACAUUAUCACACUGCAGGAUCCCACUCAGCUGGACAAAUUCAAUGUCUCAAAUUUCUUUCAUGUGAAGAACAACUUGAAAGUCACAGAUCCUGAUGAGGAGAAAGCUCGCCUGGACCCAGCAUACCACCUGAAAAACACCAACAUGGAGACAAGGGAGACAUUGAGCGAGCUGUACAAGGAGUUCAAAGGAGACGAAAUUCUGGCAGCGACUAUGAAAGGUCCAGAGAAAAAGGCGACUGAUAAACUAAAUGCAGCACAUUAUUCUACCGGAACUGUGAGCGCAUCUUUCACCUCAACAGCCAUGACUCCUGAGACCACCCAUGAGGCUGCCACCAUUGCAGAAGACACUGUGCGUUAUCAAUAUGUAAAAAAGAAGGGCUAUGUCCGUCUGCACACCAACAAAGGUGACCUUAACCUGGAGCUUUAUUGUGACAAGACACCAAAGACCUGUGAGAAUUUUGUCAAACUCUGCAAAAAGAAUUAUUAUGAUGGUACCAUCUUCCACCGGUCUAUUCGGAACUUUGUGAUACAAGGAGGAGACCCUACAGGCACAGGAACAGGGGGAGAGUCCUUCUGGGGGAAGCCCUUUAAAGAUGAGAUUAAACCAAACUUAACCCACACAGGCCGUGGUGUUCUUAGCAUGGCAAAUACUGGACCAAACACAAACAAGUCACAAUUCUUCAUCACCUUCCGCUCGUGUACAUAUCUAGACAAAAAGCACACUGUGUUUGGACGAGUAGUUGGCGGAUUCGACACUCUGACUGCCAUGGAGAAUGUGGACAGUGAUACCAAAACAGACAGGCCAAAGGAGGAAAUCCAGAUAGUGAGUAGUACAGUGUUUGUGGACCCUUAUGAAGAGGCUGAUGCCCAGGUGGCUUUGGAGAGGGAGAAGGCUCAGAAAGCAGAAGAAGAACAACGAAUGAAGGAAAAAGCUGUGCUGCCUAAAAAGGAUCAAAUGCAAGAGCCCAAAAUGUACCGUUCAGGCAUUGGAAAGUAUAUCAACAAAACCGUGGCAAAGCGGUCUGCCGAUGACAACGAUAGUGGUGCUUCUACAAGCAAAAAAGAGAGGGUCACUCGUGGUUUUGGAGAUUUCAGCUCUUGGUAGAGAAUUAAGGUCUCUCUCUGUGGACUAAAGAUUACACUUUUUACAUGCCGGGGAUCCUUAUUCCAGUAUCAUAAUUUCUGUCUCUUGUGUGGGACACUUAUUGGGGAUUAUUUUAGACUUGUUAGGUUAGUGGUGUGAAAAGAAAGGACCAGGGACAAAAGAACAUUUCUUCCACUCCAAAGAAAUGUUGAAUCUGUACGACUAUUCACACAUCCAACGUCUGGUUAUAACUAAACUACUAUGUAAAGUUAGUUAGAAUGCUGAAUUAUAAAGUUAAACAAUGGACGGGAUAGGAUGAGCCCACCAUAAUUCUCGCACAUGUGAGGAAUCUGUAUAGCGAUGGUUGGUCCAUCUGUCUAUUGUGUGUAUUUUUUCUAGUCUCAGAGUAAUUUAAAAUAUAGCCAUUAACAUCCUGGCCUUAUCAGAGUAUAGCACGUUGCUGAAAAUCGCCUGUGGAAUAUAGGAGCAAGGCUUCCAUAAGUUUUGGGAAUGUGAUGCUGUCAUAAUAUUGUCUUAGUGUCACAUUGUCCAUCUCCUCUGGGUCUCCUGAGAGUUAAUGAGCAGAUUCUGCGUUUUACUAUAUUUUUAUUUCUGCACACCAUUUUGAAGACUACAUUGCUGAAAGAUACUUUUCUUCCUAUAAGAAAUACACUUACUGAAUCACGCGGUCAACAUUUUCAGAUUGUAAAACAUGCUUGUUACUGUCUGUAGGUAACGCUCUGUAACUGUGUCCAGGUGACCGCCCCUAGAACAUUUUCUUACUAUACAUUUGUUUCUGAGUUCCACAUUUGGAAUGGCUUCUGUUCAUGUAAUCUUGGCUGAAGGAACUCUCUGACACACCCCAGUGAUGUUACAAGCCAGUUUACCCUCUCAUCUGGGCAAAUUUAAAGGCCGGCAGUGAUGCCCUCAAUGGUCACUGUCUGAGGCUUCUUACCUAGCCUAUUUGGGACCAUUACACAGCAGAUGUUAGACAUUUCUCCUGAUUAGUGUGGGGUAGUUAACAAUACACAUAAUGUUGGCAGAUCAUCUACUAAGGGUGAGUAAAACCAAUUUUUUCCUAUUUGCUCUAAAAAAAUUAAAAAAAAGCUACUAGAAAAUGUAAAACAUACCUGGUGUAAUCAGUAAGUACUGCUAAUAUGCAUUAAUAUAUCUGCAUGUGUAAUGUCUAAUUUGCCAUCGGUGAGUAGUGAUGCCAUCAGUUUGUAUCUCAGGGUAGGCGACCCGCAGCCUUGUGCCCUGUUGUUGCCACAUAUGAGUAGUUUAGUAUGUUUCACAGGGUUUGGGUAUAAAAAUGCCAGCAGUCACAUGACCGACUGCGGCAUCACGACAGUGAGAAUCCCGACAUCCGUUUUUAACCCUCCCCUAACUCUCCGUGGGUGUCGACUAACACCCCCCAACCUUCCCCCAGUGCCCAUUAUUACAAGUUACCAUAGUGGAGAGCUGUAUCAACUUAAAAGUAUUACAAAACUAGAGUUAUACUUCGGAAAGGAGGGUACAUAGUGUGUGUGUGUGUGUGUGUGUGUGUGUGUGUGUAUAUAGAGAUAUAUAUAUUAUAGAAUCAAUAAAGAUGAAACAAGCGC